AAUAUAAAAAUAUGUGCAUAUCUGAGUUUGCAAAUGGAAGUUAAUCGGGCCAGACCGGGGCUAUCGUGGCCCGACGGCCUCCGCUCUCCAGAUUCCGUCCAGCACGUUCGUUGGGUCGUCUCGUUCCCCUCCACGCUUCGCUUCUCUCUCGACCGCGUCACCGACGCCUUGCCAUGGCCAUCUCUGCCGAUGACGACGCCUCCUCGACGCCCGCGCCUCAUCCGCAGCAAGAGCCCGCGCGGAAGGCGGUCCGCGUGGUGGUGAAGGGCCGGGUGACGGGGGUGGGGUUCCGCGACUGGACGGCGUCAACGGCCGAGUCGCUCGGCCUCGCCGGGUGGGUCCGCAACCGCUGCGACGGCACCGUCGAGGCCCUCCUCUCCGGCGACCCCGAAAAGGUGGACGAGAUGGUCUCCCGCCGCCUCCCCGUGGGUCCCCCCGCCGCGGCCGUCACCGCCGUCGUCCCCUCCCCCGCCGACACCGUCCACCCAUCCCUCGGCUUCGAGAUCAAAUUCACCGUCUGAUCGAUCCCGCGCCCGGUUCGCGCGUUCUUGGACGACAACUAAUCCUGAUGAUCAGAAGCUCUACCAGGUGCUCUGUUUAGGCAAAAUCUCCGCCUUUUGGGAAAUCGCUGCUGGAGAUGGGUUGAGACGUGAGUGGUUCUUGCCUUCUUGGUGAAUAAAUAUGGCAAUGGUUUGAUUUGGUGAUUCGUCAUCGUAAGUGUAUGCGCAUCUGUUUCACCCGCGUAUUUAGCAAGUGCAAUCACGAAUAAAGAUCACGUGUUCAUGUCCAAAUUUGUAUAGUUGUAUCUACUAGUAAUGCUUGUUCUGCCAAGUACUAUGAAAUCUGCAGUGUGUAGUUCAGUAGUUCUUGAACAAUUGCAGUACUCUUGAACGAGACCAGAUUUCGUACC